CCGUGAGGCUGACUGAUCAUAUGACAGCCUGGCUGCCUCCGUCCUACUUCCCUUCCCCGCUGGAAAACGCCACAUCUGACAGAGAGGGAGACGCAGACAAAAUCUUAGGGCAGUGCGAAGACGGACAUCAAGAUGUUGGCUCUAAUAAACCGGCUGCUGGACUGGUUUAAGUCUCUGUUCUGGAAGGAGGAGAUGGAGCUGACGCUGGUCGGUCUCCAGUACUCGGGGAAAACAACAUUUGUAAACGUGAUCGCCUCUGGACACUUCAGUGAAGACAUGAUUCCCACAGUUGGCUUCAACAUGAGGAAGGUCACCAAAGGAAAUGUCACGAUCAAGAUUUGGGAUAUAGGAGGGCAGCCCCGGUUCAGAAGCAUGUGGGAGCGCUACUGUCGAGGAGUCAAUGCUAUAGUGUACAUGGUUGAUGCAGCAGAUCGAGAUAAGGUGGAAGCAUCUAGAAAUGAGCUUCAUAAUUUAUUAGACAAACCUCAGCUGCAAGGAAUUCCAGUUCUGGUUCUCGGCAACAAAAGGGAUCUUCCCAGUGCUUUAGAUGAAAAGCAGCUCAUUGAGAAAAUGAAUCUGGCAGCGAUUCAGGACAGAGAGAUUUGCUGCUAUUCUAUUUCCUGCAAAGAGAAAGAUAACAUUGACAUCACACUCCAGUGGCUCAUUCAGCACUCAAAGUCUCGGAGGAGCUGAAAAAACACCAGACUGGUUUUCCACGUUCCCGUCAUGCCACGCCCUUGUUUUUCUGUGAUGAUGUACAGUUGUAUCAUCAGUCCCAGGUCACAUGCUGCACUGUUCUGCACACUUCUUUUCCUCACCUGUGUCUUUUCCCACAAACCCUGACGAUGCACUACUGCAAUGGAAUCCUGGUACAAAAAUGUAUGCAAUACAAUUGGCAUUAUGUAUGAUGUGAUACUGUCAUUUAACUAGUGGUGAAAAAAGAGCUUCGAUUUUUUUUUUUAUCCUUUACUUCGCAGGCAUUACCCACAUAACUAUACCGUACCCAGACUGUGCUAACGCUAACCCUGGGUGUCUUUACUUUAACAGGCCUUCCUCAGACAGUGAAAUAAAUGUGAACACGCAGGUUUUCUCAGUUCUGUCCAGCUCUUCUCUGACGACUGUCUCUCUCUCUCUCUCUCUCUCUCUCUCUCUGAGCUUGAUUGUGUUAUUCACUUCCUCCAAAGUCAAAGUCUGUGUCUGUCAUUUUGGGAAAACGGUUUGUGCGCCGAUGCACAUCAGUUGGAGCAGGUCUGUACAAAUACCAAGCUACUAUGAUUUUUACUGAUGUGAGAUGUAUGAAUAUAUGACUCUAUUUAAAGACUGAAUGUAGUAAAAGAAAAGCUGGACGAGGUUGUGUGGUUCAUGCUGGCCUCUGUUUGUAAGUUACCUGCGUGGAACAGUUGCCUUUGUGCCACCUUGAUGCUAACAGGGGGCGGGGGGGCAGAAUUUAAAGUGCCUUGUGCAGUGUCUCUGACCUCUGAAGCAAAAGCGGCGUGAAAGGUACGUCCACCCGGGCAGAGGGAAAUACACCACUUCAAUACAUUCAGAAAUAAAAAGGCAUGCUUUUUAAUUUA